UAUCACGCUGACCUUCAAAGUUCACGAACCCUGGAUUCUGUGGGUAAAUUAUACUCCACUACAGGGGCAUUCCUGUACCAACAAUCAAGGGUAAGUUCGUCAUCUCAGAAACCCCCAAUGGACAUUAUAUUCUACGGGUGUCAGACAACUGGACAAGCGUGACAAAGAGGAAGCUUCUUCAUCGAAAUCACACGGUUUGCCUGUCUUACGUUUUUCUUCUUUCUUCCUCCUCGAGGUUUGAUCAGUCAGAAGCAAAGCCAUAGACUUUCACAGGGUUAAAGAAAGAGCAAAUUACUACGAGCACUGAAGGGGAGUUGAGAGGUAAGUUUCCACCUGACCAAACCCAUGGAAAUGGAAUUAAAAGCUUAGACUCAGAUCAUUUACUAUAAAGAAAAAAAAAAAAGAAAAAAAAGACCUCUCUUCUAUGAGAGCAUUUAUUGGGUUUGAUGGCCUCCCAACGGCUCCAUAAGGCAGAGAAAGGUGAUGAUUACUCUGUUUGGCCUAAACCCAGAAUGAGAACUGUAAUUGUCUCUCUUAUUAUCACAAUUUUCACAGUCUAUCCAACCAGAGCCCAAAGUUCAACAGACCGAUGCAACACCUCAUGUGGAGCUAACACAGUACAGUACCCGUUCGGGUUCUCGGACUCAUGCCUGAUAAAACUUAACUGCUCCAACAACUACAAAAUCCAAAUCGGCGAGUUCCAAGUUCAGAACGUAACCUCAGACAGCAUCUUCGUGGAUUUCCCGCCGAUGUGCAAACGAGCGAUAGGAUCGAUCUCACCGCUUUUCAGCAAGAACUUCGCGCCGACGCCGCGGAACAGGCUGCUCCUCCGGGACUGUACCACCAAGCAAAACGAUUGUGUCUUGCCCACUAGCUUUGUCCAAGACCAGUUCAACUUGUCGAGCUGCGGGAGCCACAAUUUCAGCUGCGCGAAGAGUGUGGAGAGCGUGGAUUUCCUGAGCAACCUCAAUGGGAGCGCGGGCAACUGCGAGUUCUUGUUCUCGUCGUUCGUGUUCGACUCGCACCCGAACGAAUCGGCGGUCUCGCUCACGCUCGAGAGGGUCGAGCUCGGGUGGUGGAUCGAAGGGCAGUGCAAUUGCUCCGAUGAUUCGCACUGUGUGAUGGUCAAUAAAACCGACGGCGGGAGUCGAGGUUUCCGGUGCCAGCAGUGUAGAGACGGGUUUCACGGCGAUGGGUACGUAGGUGGUGAGGGUUGCCGGAAAGAUAAUUUAGAUUCUCAUUGCAAUCCUUCAAAGUACCUGUCUGGCAAAUGUGGAGGCACGACCAGAAUUGGUGUUCUCAUUGGAGGGAUUGUUGCUGGAGCUUCAGUAAUGGCUAGUCUGAUUCUUAUCUGUUCCUCUGUUCGGCGCCGUUCCACUUGUUUGAAGAGCCAAAUGAGUGCAAAACGCCUCCUAUGUGAUGCUGCUGGAAACUCCAGUGUUCCUCUGUAUCCUUACAAAGAAAUAGAAAGAGCUACAAAUUGCUUCUCUGAGACACAAAUGUUGGGAACAGGGGCCUUUGGCACGGUUUAUGCAGGAAAAUUUCAAGAUGAUGAGUUGGUUGCCAUAAAAAAGAUCAAAUAUAGAGAUACCAACAGUAUUGACCAAGUCCUCAAUGAGAUCAAACUCCUGUCCUCCGUGAGCCACCCAAAUCUUGUUCGCCUCUUAGGUUGCUGCAUAGAGGAGGGUGAACAGAUCCUUGUGUAUGAAUAUAUGCCUAAUGGAACUCUUGCUCAGCAUUUACAAAGAGAGAGGAGCAAUGGACUCCCAUGGACAACACGGCUCACAAUUGCUUCCGAGACUGCUAAUGCUAUAGCCUAUCUCCACUCUGCCAUGAACCCACCAAUUUAUCACAGGGACAUCAAAUCGAGCAAUAUAUUACUGGAUCACAGUUACAAAUCAAAAGUAGCUGAUUUUGGUCUUUCUAGACUUGGCAUGACGGAAAUCUCACACAUCUCGACUGCCCCACAAGGGACCCCAGGCUAUGUUGAUCCUCAAUACCAUCAAAACUUUCAUCUCUCUGAUAAAAGUGAUGUUUACAGUUUCGGGGUUGUUUUAGUGGAGAUAAUAACUGCAUUGAAAGUGGUUGAUUUCUCUCGGCCUCAGACUGACGUGAAUUUGGCAGCACUUGCUAUUGAUAGGAUUGGGAAGGGUUGUGUAGAUGAGAUAGUAGAUCCUUUCCUAGAGCCAAAUAGGGAUGCUUGGACACUUUAUUCUGUUCACAAGGUUGCUGAGCUUGCAUUCAGAUGCCUAGCUUUUCAUAGUGACAUGAGGCCUUCUAUGAUGGAAGUGGCCGAAGAGCUGGAACACAUCAGACGCAGUGGGUGGGCGACAUUAGAGGAAAAUAUAUGCAUGGCAUCUUCAGCGGUAUCCUCUUGUUCAUCACCACAUAAUGGAAGUGAGAGGUCAUUUGCAGGGGCAGGGAGCCAGAGAUCGAUUGUUUCAGAGAAGGUGGAUGUUCGUCUGGCUUUGAUGGAGGAGGUGAAGGAUAGCUCCCCUGUUUCUGUGCAUGAUCCUUGGUUAAGUGAACAGAGUUCUUCACCCUCAACAAACAGCUUGUUGGGCAAUGUAGUACGAUGAUGAGAAAACUGCUUCAAUUCUUUGGGUGCUUGUUUAGCUUUCUCUUGUGAAUACCAUACAAGUAUUUUAGAGCUUACGAUAUAUAUAUAUACCAUGGAAGGAUGUUGAAUUUAUUACUAAAUAUUUUGAAGCAGAUAUAAAGUAACAAGAUGAAACUAUGAUCA